CAUUUAACUAUUUCUCUCAUCCCUCGGCACAGUUCCUACUGACAGUACAGCAGUGUCAGCAGCUGAGUAGAAGUCGAUCUAUCAGACAGACAGGGAGAAAAAAAUAAUCAAGCAAUUAAGACUGCAGCUACUCAACUGGAUGAUAAUUACCAGACUGGAUUUCAGCAGGGAGGAUCAUUUGAAAUCAUUUUGGUUUGGCUUAAAGUUAGUUCUACUAUAGGUUUUCUUUUCCUUGCUGCACCGUUUUUUCAAGUCUGGACUGUACCUGAAGUGGCUGUGGAAUGUAUAUGAAGCUCUUGUAAAGAAAAGCAGUUUAAAUUGCUUCCAGGACUGUGACAGAGAACGGAAGAGAUUGUGAAUCACACAGUCAAACAAAUGGAUUCAGCAGCAAACUCCUCCUCAAACAUCUCUUGUGUUGAAAUUGGAGAUAGUCCCAUCAGUGACCUUUUGAUGUCCGUUUACAUCCUGGCCUUUAUCUUCGGUCUGCUUUUCAACUUGCUGACAUUAUGCCCUGUUUGGCAUCAAGUAAAGCAAGACAGUGUUCUGGGAAUCUUCCUUCUCAGUCUGUCCAUUUCAGAUUUGUUUUACAUUAUCACCUUGCCACUUUGGAUCAACUAUUACCUUAAUGACCACAACUGGACACUGCCCCCUGAAACCUGUAGUGUAGCUGGCUUCUUCUACUACUCCAACAUGUAUAUCAGCAUCUACCUGCUCUGCUGUAUCUCUGUGGAUCGCAGCCUCUUGGUGUGUUAUCCUCUACACUUCAAGAUACACCGGACAUCUCGCUAUGCCUGGGUCCAGAGUGCUGUCAUUUACAUUUUAGUGGUGGUGUUGCACAUUGUUAUUCUGAUCAAUGACAAUCUCAAAGAUGCACAUGAUGAUGAAAACAACCGCGAUCGUUGUUACGAGACCUACCCCAUGACGUACUACGUAGCCAUUUUCAACAUGGCCAGAGUGGCCAUUGGCUUCCUGUUGCCUUUGGGGGUGUUAACUGUAAGCUACUGGAAGAUUCUGGCCACCGUAGAUAAAAGCCCUGGCCUUAAUCCUCAAGCUAAGAGGAAAGUUCGACUGCUCUCUUAUGGUGUGAUUGGUAUCUUCUCUGUAUGCUUUGCUCCCUAUCACAUCAUGUUGUUGAUACGCUCAGUUGUGUACUUCAGAGCUGAUGAUCAUUCACCGGAAGGAAGUUAUUGCAAGUUUGAACAGGACAUGCACUUCGCCUUCUCCUGCACACUGGCGCUGUCCAGUCUAAACUGUGUAGUGGACCCUGUGCUGUAUGUCCUGGUCAGCAAUGGGGUUAGAGAUAAAAUGAGACUGUGUCUGAAAGUGAAACAAAAGUCGACUCCAGAAGAAGGUGGUUUGACUCCAUUAAAAGAAAACAGUAGUAAUCUUAUUUAAACCAUUAACUGCAUAAAUCUGCAUGUGAAUUUUUAAAAAUAUAUUUAUUUGUAGAGAUGUAGGUAUAUUAACAAUUCAGAAACAGUUGUUUAUUCUUGAGUUUUAACUAUAGAAUUAUCCUUCAAGCUGUAAAAUGGUAGGCAUCCCAUUAUCAGUGGAAUCUAAACAGGUCAGUGUUCAUUUAUGACAGCAGAAUUUAACCUAAUUUUAUUCGUAUUCUUUAUAGCUAUUUCUUUUUAACUAUAUUUUAGUCAUAUUGACCUAGUUUUAGUCUUUUAGUUUAGUUUGAGUUGUGCAGAAACCAAAGCUAUCCAAACUACAGUACAGUUUGGUACUAUAGUUUAUAUGGUGUAUAAAAUGGUGUAUAAAAACAGGUACUUUCUGUUUUAGGUUAAUUAAAGCUUAGAAAUGUACUUGAUGUAAAUUUAUAGACAUAUAUGAUUAUUUAAAAAUCUUUAUGUGAUAAAUAUUAAUAAGUAAUCAAAUCAUUGGUUUAAAAUCAAAGAUUGAAUCUAAACACAAUACUUGGUAUUCAUACUAUUUUUAUAUACUUAAAAUCUUGCUGUACUGCUAUCAUGUGUCACACCUUGUAAAAUUAAGCUUACUGAUUAAUAAUAAUUGUAAGUUUAAUAAAUUUAUUUAUAAUAUACUAACAAAAUACUGUAUAUAAAUAAAAUAAAAUAAAAAUCUAUUAUGCAUUUAAAACAAACAAGAAAUGAAUGUUGAUGUCGGAUUGAACAGCUUGCAAAUGUUGUUUCAAAUGUGUUGUAUUUUUAACAUUAAUGGUUGCUCCACUCAGUGAUACAACCUCUUGUUUUUGGUCGCAUUAUGUUUGAUGUGUCUCCCCAUGUCAACUUUUCUAUCUCUCCCCGGAGUAGACAUUUCCUUCAAACCUUCAAAAACGUACACAGGAAAUCUGUUUACAGCAUUUUCCCAGGUAACCUAGGUAACCAAGUGUAAGCCACACUGUGCAAGACUUUGGUCUGAAUGGAUCUACAGUAUUUGUACUUCUUCCCACCUUUGAUUGUAAAAAGUUGCUGUGUAUUUUUGUCAUGUUUUUAUUUAAAAAUAGUGUUAUGUUGAAUUUUUUAUCCUACAAGAACUACAAGAACUGUUUUGCUUUCCGUCAAGGAAAAUAUGUCGUUGAUGGAGACUGUGACCAAAACAUUUUGUGAACAAAUUUACACUGAAACAGGUCAAAUCCUUGGUAGCGUUUUGGUGUCCUCACUGGUACAUUCUCUUUCUUGUCUUGCACAUUAAGCAAGACAGUGGCUUAUGGCUAAAAUAGCAUGCAUCUUCCAAAUAGAUAACUGAAUUGUCAACUUGUGGUUCUACUAUACUGUGGCUUUUCCAGUUGCAGCUACUUUAGCUCUGUUGGAAAAAGUCAAAGAUGAACAAUUCUACUUAGAAUUUAGUCUGUUGGUUGGUAUGAGUGUGUUAUCUAUCACAACACAGCCUGUACUAAAUUUAAAAGACCUGAUGCAUUCAGAGUGAAUGCAUCAUUUGCCUUGAUGUGAGAGAAACAUGUCAAUUUUAUUCUAAAAUAAAAAGGCAAGCUUUUUUUCUAGAUGUGUGUGCAUUUUCUAGAUUUUUUUUGUUGUUAGAUGAUAACUAAAUGUGUCUGAAAUAAUUAUUUCUGUUAAAAAAACUGCAAACUGCAAACUGAGGUCAUAAAAUGUAAGUGGUUACAUACUGCAAAAAACAAUUAGCUACUGUAUGUUUGAUGUAUAUACUACGACACUGAAAGCAUAUGUGGAUCCGAUCUGCUGGACUCCACAAAAACAGCUUUAUGUUUAUUUAUUUAUUUACCUUUAUUCAACCAGGGAAGUCUUAUUGACAUUAAAAAUCUCAUUUUCAAA